AUGUUGUCAUUACUGCCAUUGUUCGUCACGAUAUUUGGCGCACUCUCGGAACCGAGUUUUCACUGUUAUAACCCAGUGAAUCGGACUAUUCUCAUGUACUUUAACACGGAGAAAGGUAAGUUCGACUGUUUACCCCUUCCACCGACUGUUCGAGUUGAUUGGGUUGGGACCGAUGACUUUGGAGGGACAUAUUAUAUUGGGAAUGGUACUGCCGAUUAUAUCGGGAGUACUACUUUAAGUAUUGUUCAGAUGUCACGAUCGAACAAUUCGGUUAAUGUCGAUUGUAAGAAUCCGAUAAUUUUUGAAGCGGGACAUGGCUUAACUAAUAUGACAUUAGUGGACUAUGGCGAUCGUACGUAUUGGUCCUUUGAUAACAAGAACUUACCGGAAGGCUUUGGGUUUGAGUUUAAGAAGAAGCCAUUAGUAUGGGCACCUACUACUUUGAAUGUUACAUCGAAGAGUACUGUGUAUAUGAUAGCUGACGAUUAUAUGUACUAUCAUAUCUACAAGAAUGAGAGCGACGCUUUUAUCUACUACGAAGGCUUAUCAGAUGUCAGUGGAAGUAUUCCAUUUGUAAGAACACAUCGGUACGACGAUACGUCGUACGACUGCGUCUACCAAUUCUCGUCGAAAGUCCUUCUUAUGCCCGAUGUCUCCGAUUCAAACUUUAAGAUGAUCAACGUCUGUGAGAGGAGAAACGUCACGCGAUAUCUCCAAUGUUUCUGGUCGAAGGGACAAUUCACCGACUGCACGUGUAAGUCGACGACACACGAAAAGACUUUGAAAACGUCGAAUGGGCUCAAUUACCCGGACUGUCUGCACUUGUCGAAGCUCUACGACUUGGGGCUGAACUAUGAAAAUACACAACUUUUGAUUGAUACCCCCCUCACAGCAACUUGGAACGAUUUUGUCAUCCCACAACGUAUGGAAUCUCUCACUGUUGACUUCGACACAGAAAAGGUCAACAAGGAAGAUCAAGUGUUGUUCAUAGACAACGACUUCUCACUGCCGACAUUCCCAUUUACCGUGAAUGGAGGAUUUAUAGUGAAUGGGGUGUUGACUAUUGAGACGGCUGCUGAGUACAGUUUUGACGAAUUGUUCUGCCAAGAGAUCUCGGUCGACUCGUUGGUUGAAGCCAAUGUCAUCAUCUUUUCAUCGAAAGUGAAUUUGACAGUGAAAGAGAAAUUAGUGAGUCAAGGGUUAGUGAGUGUGUGUGGUGCUGAUGGAGAGACGCAGCGAUGGGUGAAGAAGGCGGAGAGUCAAUUAGUGUCUUGUGGGUGUCGAGUGACGGACGACAAUUCAUUCUCUGAAUUUGAUUGUAAUAGAACGUCAUUGGAGAAGGCGAGUCAAUUAGAAUUGAUGAUGUCAAGAAGUGAAUAUAACGGACAACAUUUCGAUCGCUAUUGGAAGGCAAUUCUCUUUGAAGGAAGUGGGAAGAGGACAUUAAGUGGGAAGAGUCAUACUAUUACUACCUGUGCGUUCCAAAGCUCAAAUAAGGAAUAUGCCAUUAACACCAAUUUGAUGUGUACAAAUACGGAGAUCAACUCAGGAGUCUCUAUUGAAGUCAAUGGAGCUUUUCAAACAAAGAGUUUGACGAUUAAAGGAGACUUUUUAAAAACUAACGACGCACCAAUUUUUAGAGCAAACUCGUCGAUGUUUAAUGAACUGAAUGAUAUCACUGUUGAACAAAUGACAAGUUCGUCGACGGAGUGUAUCAAUUUGGUGCUUUUUACACAGAAGCAAGAGGAAGUGACGAGUCGAGUAGUUGGAGAGUAUACUUUGUUCUCUACUGACCAAAUAUUAAGGCUGUGUCCAACAAAUCAUAUUGACACAUCUAUCACUUGCGAAGUAACGAAAGAUGGAACUUUUGUUCUACCACAAUGCCCUUGUCAAGGAACUAAUUGUGUUGUUGAAGUCCCGGAGAGUGUCUCUGUGGUAAGUAAUAAAAUUAUCGACUCAUCAUUUACUGGAACACUGAAAAUCAAUGGAGAUGUUACGAUUGAUUCAGUCGAGUUCAUUCAACAAUUACUCACUACACAAAGCGCGAUAUUGACAUUUUCAAAUUCGGAACAUCUCACUGUUGAGAGUCUCCAAACAAGUGGAGAGACGUUGAUCGUCUCGAAAAUCAAACUUUCAAUUACACACGCGGCAAAUCGAUUUUCAAUCAAAUCGGAGGGAGAGGUCACAUUUUUAAAUGGCGACGUGUUGAUCGACACCAUCUACGAGACGGAGAAUGGGAAGAUAUAUAUAGCAGAGAACGUCAAUAAAGUUGAUAUAACAAAGGUGGUCUCCUCUUCCAUCCCUCAAGUGGAGGUCAUCACACUUCUUCCUUCUUCUAGCGUACUAACACUUAAUCGGCCUCCAUUUUUCAUCGACGAAACUACAACAGAAAAUCGCGUUGUCGCAUUUACGAAAAAUCGAAAGAUCGCAGGGAAGAGUGAAUGUGACAAUCAAGCGCGACUGAGUCAAGAGCCCACGUCAUCUUCUAUUGACUGUAAAUCACUGAAUUUAAAUGAGCAUAAGUGUUACUACUCACAAAAUGGGUUCUUUGUCGAGAAAGGCGAACAUCCCGAUGUCUCAUGUCCAUGUAAUACCGACAGUGCGGUGCAGUGUAGUAUUGAGGUUUUCGAGAGUCCGUCGACUUUAGAAGUGACUUCUAAUCUCACCACGUUAAUUAUUAACACUGAUUUGACUAUCACCUCAAGUGCUAAAACAUUCACUCUGAAAGCUUCAAGUGCGGUAAAGACUGUGACGAUUGUUGGAAGUAAUAACCUUCUUAUUCUCGACACGGAGAAGGGGUUACUCUUGAAUGUCCCCAAAGACAACCUCCUCACUAUCUCUCCAAAUCAACUGUGGAACGGAUUUGCUCUUCCAAAGGUUUCGUCUCCAAAUGGUUUAAAGUUAGCGACGAGUGUUGUCACUAUUAUCAGUUCAGAAGAAGCGAUGUGUACAAUUGGGAGUACUACAGACAGUGGCUUUGUCUGUCUCCAAUGUGGGACGGUCGGUGUAGUAGAUGGGGCUUGUGCACAGAUCGAUCAAUGCAAGAUCGUCUAUACUAACACAAAAGACAUAUUCUGUGCGCUAUGUCAAGAUGGGUAUGCCCCAACGAGUGACCGAACAUCAUGUAAAGCGUGUUCUUCUCUUUGUUUAACAUGUGAGUUUACCAAAGCGGAUGCUUCGAGUCCUGAAACUGAGAAGUGUCUGAAGUGCAAAUCUGGAUAUAAAGAAGUGAAUGGUGUAUGUACUCCAUUCACGGACCAAUGCAGUUACUACUUGAAUCAGAAGUGUGUGAAAUGCCCGAGUAAAUACUCUUCGAAUGGUGUGAGUGAUUCGUGCACACAAAAUUGCGCUGAAAAUUGUCUUGAAUGUGCCAUCACAGACAAUACCAUCUGUAUAAUAUGUGAUACAACACAUGGGUAUCAGCUCUCAGGUGGGAAGUGUGUCAAACCGAUUGGGUCAAGUGCAGUUAGUAACGCCAAUAGUAUUUCAUGUAGUGAUAUGUUUUAUAUACAAAAUGGUGUUUGUGGGACCUGUGGGACAAAUUGUUCGAGUUGUGAUUCGUCUGAGUGUUAUUCUUGUAGUACUUCAGACGGUGUACUUUCCAAGUCGCAGUGUGUGAGUGACAGUGGAUGCACACAAACAUACGAGAACAGAUGCAUCAGUUGUGGGCCGAAGAAGUAUUUCAAGGAUGGGAAGUGUAUGGAUAUGGACUCAAUGUCUUGUGUGUGUCAUCCGACUGAUUAUGUGAUGCGCGAAACAGCGUGUCAGUCUAAAAGUC